UUCAUCCUGUUACAGAAUUUAUUUCCAACGCACCAGCAUGACGGUUCUUCCGGGGUUAGUUUAGUUUAACGAUGUGGAUUUACGAUGGGCCCUGGCUUACAGCUGGUUGGAUUGUUCGAUUCCUCUUCCCUUUUCCCCCUCCUUCUUAUUGGAAUGGCCGACAUCAUUAUUUUCCCAGAGCAACCCAAACCUCUACCAGGUUGGUAUAGAUCGCCUUGGCAUUGAGCCAAACGCCAGCAUCGCGGCGCAAAACAUUCUCAAUUACAUUGCAGGGCUGGAAGUGGCAUGGAUGACGCUCCAACCGAUCGCCCUGGGUAAUAUGUCACCUGACAUGCUGUGUUUUGCCAACUUGGUCGUUACAAGGUGCUUGAUCCUCGAUAGAGCCCGUUUACAAAUCAAAAGCAGCGAGUCACUUGGCCCCCUCCUUCGCUUGCCCCAGCUAUUGGCUACGUACUUUCCGAGAGCAGAAGGAACAAAGCCGCCAGGAGUAGUGAACAGCGCAAACGGGGAGUUCGGGGAUCAAAAAGACGGCGGUUGCCGUUCUCCAUAUCCGGCCACAUUCUUAGCGGGUCAAUUGGCUGGGACGGAGAAUAAUACUCAUCGAGGUCACUCUGGCGGGCAGAACAAAGCAAGAGAAAAAAUCGUCCGUGGCCCUGAUACUCCAAUAAUAUCGUAUUACAGUCACCGGCACUUCCGGGAGCUCUUCCCCCGGGUCUUAACUGGUCCGACUCUCACGUUCCUUACAAGCGACAACAGCUUGACAACACAAGGUGGAGAAGAUUUCGAACGGGGCUGUCUCCAACCCGAGGCAGUCCUGUGGCAGUGAAGAGCAAGUGAGGCGGUGCGCAGAGGGGCCAAAGGGGCAGGGGAACGGAGUCACUGCACCUCAAGAUCGCCGUGACAAUGAAGCGGUAAGUAACCUGAAACCAUGAUCUCGGCACUAAUUGGCAGAUCACUGGGGGGAUUUUCAGACACAAUUUCUUAUCUCCUCACACAUGACAAAAUAAUCACAUUCGCCCACAGGGCUCAAACU